UCUCAGCGUCCCGCACUACUGAUGCGUUUCUAGGUUCUGUAGUAAAAUCCUGCAGGCCAUUCAAAGGUCAUUGCAAGACUUCCACUGCAGCUACUUACCAACUGAUACUAAUUUAUUGCAUAGAUGAAUUUCAUGGGACUUGAAUGUAUCUCCACGCGAUCAUGAGUCUCGUGCCCAGUCGCAUUUCAAGCUAACGUUGUCGCUUCAAGUUCGAAGCUUUGCCAUUGUUCGCCUUCGGUGGUGUUGCCAGAGUAACGUCAUGAUGUUUAAUACCGACUGCCAUAUAAAAAGGCCCAGCUAUAGAUCUAGGGUGGCUCAGGAAGAUGAUUCCCUCUACAUCGUUUCCAGCUCUUCUUGCCCUGCCGGCGCUUGCCUUCCUUUCGCUGUCAGCGAGUGCUUUGCCUCAUGCUCGGACGGCAUCAAGUACAGCUACUCUAAAGCUCGCUGUUAGAAUAAACUCAUACGGGAUCGAGAACAUCGCGGCUGCAGAUCGAGCUCGGAUCCAAGCCUUACGAGCUGGCGGCAGCUCUUCUGUCGAUGCAACCAAUGCUGUGACGGGAUACACUGCUGUCAUUGGCGUGGGGAGUCCAGCAACGAACUACACACUCCUGGUAGACACAGGAAGCUCAAAUACCUGGAUCGGGGCCAAUAAGCCUUACCAACAGACUACCACGAGCCAAGACACAGGCGGUACAGUCUAUGUUACAUACGGCGAUAACAGUUACGUUUCUGGAGAGGAAUACACAGACACGGUAACGCUCAACUCUGAUCUGGUCAUCGACCACCAAUCUAUUGGCGUCGCAUCUGAAGACUCAGGGAUGGAUGGUCUGAAUGGAAUUCUUGGCCUUGGACCAGUUGAUUUAACGCAGGGCACCGUCAGUAAUGCAUAUGAAGUUGCAACUGUGACGGACAACCUCUACGCGCAGAAAAAAAUCAGUUCGGAAGUACUCGGAGUGUUCUUCGCACCUGCUUCCUCUGACGAUAGCAGCGGCGAGCUCACAUUCGGCGGUUAUGACGCAUCUAAAAUUACUGGAGACAUCAGCUAUGUAUCGCUCACAUCAGCAUAUCCAGCGAGUACAUAUUGGGGUAUUGAUCAAUCCAUCAGCUAUGGGUCUACGACCAUUUUGAGCGAGACAGCUGGUAUCGUUGAUACUGGUACCACCCUCAUUCUCAUUGCCUCUGAUGCCUUCGACAAAUACCAGCUUGCUACGGGUGCAACCCUCGAUCAGAGCACUGGCUUGUUACAGAUCUCAUCCGACCAGUACAACCAGCUCUCAUCCUUGUAUUUCACUAUUAGUGGGGUUACUUAUGAGCUCACCCCGAAUGGGCAAAUUUGGCCUCGAUCGUUGAACAGCGCCAUUGGCGGUACCAGUGGCGGCAUAUACCUGGUCAUCAGUUCCACUGGGAGCCCCUCUGGUUCUGGCAUGGAUUUUACGAACGGCUACUGUUUCCUCGAGCGGUUUUACUCUACGUACGACACGACGAACUCCCGAAUCGGGUUCGCCACUACUGAGUACACCUAUGCCACGACAAAUUAGCUACAGUCUUUGGAGAACGUCACACCCGGAGCCGCAUCAACAUACCCACAAGAACAUUCGUUACUUGAGAAUUCGUUACGUACACAUUUCAUUGCAUUCAUUUUAACCCUGUUGAUAUCAUAUACGAGUCAUACUCGUGAACAAUACACUACUGAUCUCAGUUUAAAUGUUC